GCAAAAUGUCUAACCCUCUUCAAGUUUUCAAUUAGCAAAAUGACCUACUUUUAUUUUCUCAUUUGUCGGACAAGUAAUAGAUCUGUCGAAUUGAUAAUCGAUCUGUCUAUAUAUUUAUCGGACAGAUAAUACAUCUGUUGGAUUGAUAAUCGAUUGGUCUAAAUAUAUUUGUCUUAAAAAUGCAUCAUCUCACUAAAUAAAAAAUUUAUGGUCUAUUUAAUUAAAAAAUAGACUUAAAAGGUCUAUUUAACAAAGAUUCCUCUUUUACGUUAGUCAAGGAGUUACAAUUUAAAAAAUUUCUUAAAGAUGUGGCAAUGGUUGCCAAGAGUCAGUUACUAACCGUUUUAAAAAAAUUCAAAAAUUGUUGUAAGUGACCAAAACUGUAAAUAAACCAACAAAACACAUAUAUAUAAUCACAUAUCUUAAUACUCCAAAAUUUUGGUUUUAUCUUUUUUCCGAAAAACCAUUAAAACUUCAUUCCUAUUCUGCAAAUCUUCACCAUUUUCUCAUAAAAAAAGAUGGAGCAAAGUAGUGAGGGAAUUGGAAUAAAAAUCUACAGUGCAUCAAAGCGCGUCGAUAAUUCUUCGUCUUCAAUGUACCCUACUAGUUUACCAGAAGAUGUUCCAAUCCCAGAAUUGCCUCAACAAGCAUCAAUUGGUGGCAAAAAAAGUAGAGCAAUGGCAAGUGGUGUUCAAAAAACACUUUCGAAAACUUCAUUGCUUGUGAAUUUUCUACCAACAGGAACAUUAUUAACAUUUGAAAUGUUACUUCCAUCAGUAUUUGGUAAAGGGGAUUGUUCACCAAUUACUACAUUUAUGAUUUUGACACUUCUUGGAUUAUGCACAUUGUCAUGCUUCUUCUUCCAUUUUACUGAUAGUUUUCGCGGUCCUGAUGGGAAAGUUUACUAUGGUUUUGUUACACCAAGAGGAUUGAAAGUUUUCAAGACUGGACUUGGUGUCGAAAUCCCAAAAGAUGAAAGGUACAUUGUGGGAUUGACAGAUUUUGUACAUGCAAUGAUGUCUGUGUUGGUGUUUGUAGCAAUUGCAUUUUCAGAUCAUAGAGUGACACUUUGUCUAUUUCCUGGACAUGCAAAAGAACUUGAUGAAAUUAUGAGGAGUUUUCCAUUAAUGGUUGGAGUUAUUUGCAGUGGACUUUUUCUUGUUUUUCCGAAUACUAGAUAUGGUGUUGGAUGUAUGUCUGCUUAAUUACCAAUUUUAGGGAUUGCUAAUUUUAUUAUAAGUAUAUGUGAUUUUUUUUUUCUUUCAAUUAGUUCUCUAUGGUAGGGGUACUAUUUGAGUAUGUAUGUUGUAAUUUUAGCAAUGUCUAUUUAUUUUUGGUGUAUUAUAAUGUUGACAGUGGGUCAAUGUUUAUA